CAUUAGUGAAACUUGUAGAGAAGAGUACGAAACGGUCAAACGUGAAACGAUUUUUGGUCUCAUUUGUUUAGUAAAAUACCAAUUAUUUAACAUAUAAAGAAAAGCAAAGACACUGUGUAUAUAUAAUUAGAUUAUGAUAAGAGUAUUGAGCAUUCUAACGAGGGGCAUAUUUUGUAUUAAUUAAACAUGUUAAAGGAUAAGGGACAGGUCACAUUUGAAGACAAGUGGCCUUCUAUGCGUCCUAUAGUAUUGAAACUAUUAAAGCAAGAAGCGGUCACACAAAUAGAAUGGCAGGAUUUGUUUGGGGCGGUACAUUCCGUAUGUUUAUGGGACGAGAGGGGCCCAUACAAGUUAAAGGAAGCGUUGCAACAAGACAUCAUGAUGUAUAUAAAACAGGCGCAAGCUCGCGUACUCGCCCAACGUGAAGAUCAAGCAUUACUCAAAGCUUAUAUAGCUGAAUGGGGAAAAUUUUUUACACAAUGUAAUUAUCUGCCUACACCAUUCCGCCAGUUAGAAAAUUCAAUAAAUAACAUAAGUAAAGUGACAAGUUCGAAUUCUUCAAAUUCUCAAAAGAAAAAUAAUAAUAACAACAUUGAAGACAGUUUGGUGAGAAAGCUAAUGCUGGAUUCAUGGAAUCAGAGUAUAUUUAUGGAUAUAAAGCAGAGAUUGCAAGACUCUGCCAUGAAGCUGGUGCAGGCUGAGCGCAAUGGGGAGUCAUUUGAUUCACAGUUGGUUAUUGGAGUCAGGGAAUCUUAUGUUAAUUUAUGUUCAAAUUCUACUGAUAAGUUGCAAAUAUACAGGGAGAACUUUGAAGCUGCAUACAUGCAGGCAACUGAAGACUUUUACAAAUUAAAAGCUAAUGAGCACUUGCUGGCGAAUGGCGUACAGUCUUAUAUGAAAUACGCGGAUUUACGAUUAAAGGAAGAAGAAGCGAGGGCUCAUAGAUAUUUAGAACCAGGAAGUGGGAGUGUUGCAGCGUUGACCCAAUGCUGUGAACGGGUGCUAAUUGGAGAACAUCUUCCCACUCUAUUAGCGGAAAGUGCUCCAUUAAUAAAGGCCGGGGAAACUGAAAAGCUACAGUUAAUGUUUCGCUUGCUUGAUAGAAUCCCGGAUGGUGUAACACCCAUUUUGAGAGAUUUGGAAGCGCAUAUAGUCUCAGCUGGAUUGGCCGAUAUGGUUGCAUCUGCUGAUAUUAUUACGACCGAUUCGGAGAAAUACGUCGAACGGUUAUUAGAUCUCUUCAAAAGAUUCAGUACACUAGUAAAAGAUGCAUUCUUAGAUGACCCUAGGUUCUUAACGGCUAGGGAUAAGGCGUACAAAUGUGUUGUGAAUGAUACUACAGUUUUUAAGUUGGAGCUUCCCUCUUCUGCUCUUAUCCGCGGCAGUAAAGGGACCGCUCCAGAGAGUAAAUGUCCUGAACUGCUUGCAAACUACUGUGAUAUGUUGUUAAGAAAAACUCCUCUUAGUAAACGGUUAACUAGUGAACAAAUCGAGUCCAGAUUGCGAGAUGUCCUCUUAGUACUGAAGUAUAUUGAAAACAAAGACGUAUUCAUGAGGUACCACAAGGCGCAUCUGACCCGACGGUUAAUUUUAGACUCUAGUGCCGAUUCAGAGAAAGAGGAAGAUAUGGUCGAAUGGUUACGGGAAGUUGGGAUGCCUGCUGAUUAUGUAAAUAAAUUAGCUCGUAUGUUUCAAGAUAUUAAAGUCAGUGAAGAUCUCAAUACUCAAUUUCGUGGUGAAACUACUCGCCAUGACGCUAUUAACAUUAAAAUACUUAACGCGGGUGCCUGGGCGAGGGGCUCGGAGCGCGUCACGGUCAGUCUACCGCUCGAAUUGGAAGAUUAUAUUCCUGAAGUUGAGGAGUUUUACAAAAAGAAGCAUUCUGGUAGAAAACUACAAUGGUACCACCACAUGAGCAAUGGGACAAUUACAUUUGCGAAUUCCGUUGGACGAUUCGACUUGGACGUGACCACUUUCCAGAUGGCCGUCCUAUUCGCGUGGAAUCAAAGGCCAAUGGAGAAAGUGACGUAUGAAAAUCUGAGAUUAGCUACAGAAUUACCGGAUCCCGAAUUACGUAGAACGCUGUGGUCUCUAGUUGCAUUCCCGAAGUUAAAGAGACAGUUGUUGUGUUACGACCCUCCUGUACAGAAUCCUAAGGAUUUCUCCGAAAACACCACUUUCUGGGUUAAUCAAGAGUUUGCAUUGGUAAAGAAUGCCAAGCCCCAAAGAAGAGGGAAAAUUAAUUUGAUUGGUCGUCUUCAGUUGAGUACUGAGCGAUCACAGAUUGAAGAUAAUCAUUCCAUUGUUCAGUUGAGAAUAUUGAGGACUCAAGAAGCCAUAAUAAAGAUACUGAAAAUGCGGAAGCGCAUCACGAAUACAGCUUUGCAGAGUGAAUUAGUGGAGAUUUUAAAGAACAUGUUUUUACCUUCAAAGAAAAUGAUAAAGGAGCAACUGGAAUGGUUGAUCGAGCACAAGUACAUGCGGCGGGACGACGAAGAUAUCAACACUUUUAUAUAUAUGGCCUAGAACCUUCUCAAAUGUACAAGAACAAAAUCAAAUAAAUUAUUAAUCUUGA